UCACCAUAUUUUCAGAUAAAAAUGCCGUGGUGGGUGUGGCUGGUGGGCGUAAUCUUGGCAGUAAGUGCCACGCCCCAGUCCAAUUACGACCAGCAGGCGGUGUCAAUAAAUUCUUUAGGAUCGGGUAUUCCGGAGCUGGCAACUCUAAACGGAACUGUUACUGAACUAGACACGCUGGCUCCGACGAUAUCGUUGAACAGAACUAAGGCGAGUUUGAACUGCUCUACAGGGUUCAUGAACAUUAAGCUCUCCUUCCAGCAGGACUUCUACGGGAUAGUUUAUGCAGAUUAUGACAGGAACUCUGCGUGUAGGGUGAGCGGGAACGGAGAGGCUGAAACUGUUCUGGAAAUUCCACUGAAAGGCUGCGGCACUAUUCAGGAUCCUCUCCGAGUAUUCACGAAUAAUAUUGUUGUGAGGUUCCAUCCUGGUCUAGAGAUAGAAGGAGAUGAAGUUAUCACGGUUAUCUGUAGAUAUCCUCCUCCCAUAGUCCAACCUGCUCUCAUACCAGAACCUCUACAGUUACCGUUAACUCCAGUAGCUGCUCUCGCACCCUUAAGAGAGUUUGAAAUCCUUCUCAUCAUUUGUGCCAUUGUUUUCCUUGCCCUUCUACUGCUAGGUAUAGGCUGCUCAUACUACUGUCUCAAGAAGAGGAAUAUCAGGGUUAUCAGGCGACGACCUGUCUCUACUAUUGGCUCCGAGGUUACCCGGAUAUCUGAUCCUCCAUCCAUGUUUGAAGGAUUAAAGAUCCCUCGAGCCCACGCCAUGGAUACUUCAGGAUCCGAGGAGAUGACUGAAUCCGUCCACACGGAUUACGGAAGUGACGUCACGAGUAUUGCAACCGUUGAAGACUUCCAAUCUGCUUACUCUGAUCUUGGUGGAGAGAUUGAUGAGAAUAUUGUCUAUCCUGACCUACAUGAACCUCCUAUACCUGCCUUCGAUAUCAAGAUGAGAAUGAAGAGGUUUGCUAAAUCUCUGACUCCUAUCUCAUCCAGAGCAAGCUCUGUAACAGAAGAGAUGCUGGCGGCCCAGGAACAGUACUUGACAACAAUCCUGGAGAGAACUGAAACCAACACGAUGGAAACCCUGGAGAGAGUUAGGAAGAGCAAGGCUGAUCUGGGUCCUCCUCCAGUUCACGCCAGACUUAGGGUACAGCACAAAGCUCCAAGUGUGAAUGGACGUGAUUCUGACUCUGAAACUUCCCAAUACUCCCACGACCAGCUUGGAACUGAUAUGGAUUUGACCGAGGAUGAACUGGCUCCAGUUGUGGUUGACAGAUCGAUGCGGACGGCUUUGAUUGAAUCUGAUCAUCUGCAAUCUGCUCGUCUAGUAGAAUCUGUCCAGGUCAGAGAAAGUGAGUUCGUUACAAGACGAGAGGAAGAAAUCAGGAAACGAAUGGCCGCACAUAAACAGAACACUGGGUUCGAUGUUACAGUUCGAACUAUCGAGGGUCGAGAUAAUCCUAUGUUUAGCGAUGAUGACACCGCCUCUAUGUCUGAGUACAUGUCCCAGGGACCCAUUGAACCAGUGCUUAUUGACCGACGUGGCUACUCCCUGCACCAGGACGUUUCUCAGAUGAGUUCACAGUUUGCUCACACUAGCAUCAGUAACAGGCAACAGGUUUCUAAGUUUGACGUUCUGAUCCGGGUCCUAGAUGCACCCCCGCCCGGAGCAUCCGGAGCAGGUUCAGACAAGGAUGAUUUGACCAGUGUGUUUAGCGAGGAUGAUAAACAGAGGUGGAGAGAUAUUGUCACGUAUGAUACAGAGUUUAGAACUAUGCUGGAAGCUGCUCAAACCACGGAGGAGGUUACACACGCUGUAUCUCAGAUCCGGUAUGUGAGUAAGUAUGAGAAGCUGUUUGCCCCGCACAAGUGGGAUGUGAUCGUGAGGGUGUUGAAGGCCCCGAGCUCCAUCACCGGGAAGUCCAUCAGCUCUAGGUCAACCAAAUCUAACCGAACUAGCAAAACAGGCACAGAGUACGAUCUAAGAUCUCUGGCUGAAACAACGGUUGAUUUUGGGGCUCGGAGAUCUGAUUUUGAGAGUGGUUCAUCGGUUUCAGGACGGAGUGGACAGAUGAGUCAGUAUACAGCCGGGGGAAGGUAAGUUGGAUACCAGGAGAAGGAUUCA